UCUGUCAUUUGACAACCAUAGUCAAGAUUUUUAUUGUAUUUUUUGUUCAACUUGUUGUUGGUUGAAGCCAUAGCGGAAGUAGGUAACGAUUAGACAGUAUCGAAACAAACGAGAAAAACAAAGUUUUAACGAUAAUUCCCUAUUUAUAAUGGCCGGAUACUCUGAAGACCAGUUGGCUGAGUUCCAGGAGGCGUUUCAGCUGUUCGACUCGCGCGGCGACGGCAAGAUCCACGUGGCGCAGAUCGGCGACGCGCUGCGCGCGCUCGGCCAGAACCCCACCGAGUCUGACGUCAAGAAGUGCACCCUCCACCUGAAGCCCGACGAGCGCAUCUCCUUUGAGGUCUUCCUGCCCAUCUACCAGGCGAUCAGCAAGGCGCGCAGCGGCGACACCGCGCACGACUUCAUCGAGGGGCUCCGGCACUUCGACAAGGACGGCAACGGGUUCAUCUCCUCCGCCGAGCUGCGACACCUGCUGUCCACCCUCGGGGAGAAGCUGGCUGAUGACGAGGUGGAGCAGCUGCUGCAGGGGCAGGAGGACUCUCAGGGCAACGUCAACUACGAGAACUUCGUGCACCUCGUCAUGCAGGGCUGAGCAAUCAGCCCCGCCCUCCCCUACCCUACCCAGCGGCGAGCCACAAUACUACAACUUAAGGAAUACUAACUCAUUUAAAGACUAGAUUGAAAACCGUUAUUUUAUAUUUGUUUUCUUCUUAUUAGAAAGCUCCUCAGCAGUUCCAAAUCUGGCAAAUUGGGUCCUGUCAUGGUCAUAAAAAGGAAGUACCAAAGAAAACCAAAAAAGAACUAGCGAGCGUCUUCAGACGCUAAGGUAUAUCUGGGACUGAGGGCUUUGGGAACCUUUCAUAUAAAAUAUGCAUAUUAAUAUAAUAUAAAUAAGUAGCAAGACACGCUUAGGUUUUGUCCUAAAACUAAAAUCACUCCUGUUACAAAAGGCCUACUAUUCCGUUUCUGAAUUUCUAUCAAAAUGAAGUUAAAAAUAACAUUAAUAUGUAUAAUUGUGUGUUGUGUCCCUUAGUGCGGAAUUGAUUUAUUUUUUAAAUUAUAAUCUUGAAUUUUUAAUUGAAAAUACCUUUAUUGACCUAAGUUAUUUUUAUAUGAGUUUUUUAUUGUUUUUCUUGUAUGAUUUAUAUGACUAUGGACUUAUUAGCAUAUUACUACUGUUUUGUUAUAUUGACAAGUAUAAUUAAUACUGAAUAAAAGAAUAUGAAUAAUAUGAAUAUGCAAAGAUAAAGAUUGAAAGAUUGCUACAUUGCACAUUCCUAACAUUGUUUUGAAAAGUGCAUUUAAAGAUACAUUUGAAAGGGUUAAUAAUAAAGCAAAGCACCCUGCAGCCCUGUCUCGUCUCGACAGCAUUUAAAGAACAUGAAUUAUAAUCGAUAAUAGUUUAGAAGCCUCGCCGCUGCAACGUAGUCUAUAGACUUCAAGAUAACAUGUAAUUCCCUUGCGUUUAUUCCAAAAUAAUAAUAUUAUCAUUAUUGUAGUUAUGUUAAGAGAUUUUAUACGGUUAUUGUAUGUACAAAUGUGAUUUUAACAAAGUGUACCUAUUAUAAGUACUUACUAACUUAA